GGAGGAGGAGGUGGAGGGGGGCACAACCGGAGCCGCGAGGACAUCAUGCGCUUCGCCGUGUGGCUGCUGGGCUUCGUGUGUCACCUCCCGGCGCUCGGCCGAAGCUCACUGCCCUACAGACUGCACCCAAAACAAGAGAGCUUCAUCCAGCAGCUCUCGGUCUAUGAGAUCGUGACCCCUGUGCGGGUCAAUGACUUCGGCGAGUCUUUCCCGCGGCAGCUGCACUUCAGGAGGCGGCGGAGCGCGGACGUGGCCGUGGCGGCGCCCUCCUCACGCGCCCACUACCGCCUCGAAGCGUUCGGCCAGCGCUUCCUGUUGAACCUGAGCGCGGACGCAGCCUUCAUCGCGCCCUCGUACACCGUGACGCACUUGGGGGCGCGCGGGCGGCGUGAGGCGGCUGACGGGCACGAGCAGGAGCUGCGCCACUGCUUCUUCACCGGCCACGUGAACGGCAAACGCGAGCACCGAGCGGUCUUCAGCCUUUGCACGGGACUGAUUGGUACAUUUACAACCCACAGUGGAGAAUAUUUCUUAGAACCUCUGAUGAGAGGUGAUGGUGAGGAGGAUGAGGAGGAACACAGUAAACCUCAUUUAUUCUACAAACAUGAAAGGAAGAAGAGGUCAGCCACAGACCAGUCUGAGCCAUGUGCAUCUUCAGAUCAUGCAAAAAAACACUUUCAUUUCCAUAGUAAUGGAAGCCUUCUAGAAGAGCUCAAGUCAACUUGGCAAUCAAUGGACGAUCACAUACCGAGGAUGCACCAGUCAAACUCGAAAAGUCGUUCUAGCGGCAGCCGCAGAAAACGGUUCCUGUCAUACCCACGCUUUGUGGAGCUGAUGGUUACAGCAGAUGCCAAGAUGGUGCGACACCACGGACGCAACCUUGAGCACUACAUUCUAACAAUCAUGUCAGUAGUGGCUGCUGUCUACAAAGACCCUAGUGUGGGAAACCUGAUCAAUAUUAUGAUCGUCAAAUUGAUUGUUAUUCACAAUGAGCAGGAAGGGCCACAUGUGAAUUUCUAUGCUGCUACAACGCUUCACAACUUCUGUGUAUGGCAACAGAGUCAGAAUGUUCUGGAUGACAGUGAUCCCUCCCAUCAUGACACUGCACUGCUCAUCACAAGGGAGGAUAUCUGUCGAGCAAAAGACAAGUGUGACACAUUAGGACUAGCAGAGUUGGGCACAAUGUGUGAUCCAUACCGGAGCUGUUCCAUCAGUGAAGAGAAUGGACUGAGCUCCGCCUUCACCAUUGCCCAUGAACUGGGCCAUGUCUUCAACAUGCCUCAUGAUGACAACCCAAAAUGCAGAGAAGCAGGAAUGAAGCAUCAGUAUCAUGUCAUGGCACCGACCUUGAACUAUGACACCAGCCCAUGGUCCUGGUCAAAGUGCAGCCGAAAGUACAUUACAGAGUUUUUGGACACUGGUUAUGGGGAGUGUUUGAUGGAUGAACCAGUUGGCAGGACUUACGACCUUCCUGUCAAGCUCCCAGGCCAGCUUUACAAUGCUAAUCGGCAGUGUGAACUGAUGUUUGGACCUGGCUCUAAAGUCUGCCCAUUUAUGAAACAGUGCAAGAGACUUUGGUGCACCAGCUCUGAGGGAGAUCAUAAAGGGUGUCGCACACAGCACAUGCCCCUGGCUGAUGGAACUGAAUGUGGGCAUGGCAUGCACUGUAGACAUGGUAUGUGUGUGAAUAAAGAGAUGGAGACAAGACCAGUGCAUGGUGAGUGGGGACCAUGGGGGCCCUACAGUGUGUGUUCCAGGACCUGCGGUGGUGGAACACGGAGCACAUCUAGAGACUGUAACAGACCUGAGCCAAGGAAUGGUGGGCGGUUUUGUGUGGGACGCCGCAUGAAGUUCCGUUCCUGUAAUACAGAACCAUGUCCAAGGGGCUGGAAAGACUUCCGAGAGGAGCAGUGCUCCCAGUUUGAUGGCAAACACUUUAACAUAAAUGGACUGCCUCCCACCGUCCGCUGGGUGCCCAAAUACAGUGGCAUCUUAAUGAAGGAUCGAUGUAAGCUGUUCUGUCGUGUUGCUGGGACAAUGGCCUACUACCAGCUACGAGAUCGUGUGGUUGACGGAACUCCGUGUGGACCAGACACUUACGACAUCUGUGUGCAAGGCCUGUGCAGGCAAGCAGGUUGUGAUCAUGUUUUGAACUCCAAGGCAAGGAAUGAUAAGUGUGGAGUGUGUGGAGGGGACAACUCGUCAUGUAAGACUGUCGCCGGCACCUUCAACAACGCACAAUAUGGUUAUAAUGUUGUGGUGCGAAUUCCAGCUGGUGCAACCAACAUUGAUAUAAAGCAGGUCAGCUACUCGGGAACACCAGAAGAUGAUAACUACCUCGCUCUUUCUGACAGUCAGUCCAACUUCCUUCUGAAUGGAAACUUGGUGGUGUCCAUGUUUAAAAGGGAAAUCUCCUUUAAGGGAACAGAGAUUGAGUACAGUGGCUCCAACACCACAGUGGAGCGCAUCAACUGCACGGAGCGUAUAGAGGAGGAACUCAUUCUCCAGGUGCUGUGUGUGGGAAACCUCUAUAAUCCUGAUGUGCGUUACUCCUUUAACAUCCCGAUAGAGGAGCAGCAAGAGCAAUUUGUGUGGGACUCGUCCGGCCCCUGGCAAGAAUGCAGUCGCAUGUGCCAAGGAGAGCGACGACGAAAAGCAGUAUGUGUACGUAGGAGUGAUCACUUGGUGGUGUCAGACCAGAGGUGUGAGCAUUUAGCUCGACCUAGGGGAGCUAUGGAGUCCUGCAAUACAGACUGCGAACUCAGGUGGCAUGUGGCAGGUAAGAGUGAGUGCUCCACAAAGUGUGGGCCUGGGUAUCGUACUGUGGAGGUGCUUUGUAUGCGCUACAGCCAGAUGAAGAGUGUGAGUGAGAAAGUGGAAUCUAGAGCCUGUGCAGAUUUGGCCAAACCACAGAGCCGUGAGCCCUGCCAUGGAGACUGCCUGUUGAAGAGCUGGCAAUACAGCGCCUGGUCUCAGUGCUCUAGGUCCUGUGGACAAGGCACUCGCAUGCGUGACUCCUACUGCAUGAAUAAUCUGGGCCGCAGACUGGUGGAGCGAGAGUGUAGUGAGUUCCAGAGAGUUGUCACAGAACCCUGCAAUGACAUACCCUGUCCUGACUGGUCAGUUAGCGAGUGGACUGAGUGUAUGGUGACAUGUGGUAAGGGGGUGAGGCACAGACAAGUAUUCUGUGUUUUGGAGGAGAAGCCACUCAGUGAUGAGCACUGUGAUCCCAACAGCAAACCCUCCAGCAUAGGCAGCUGCGUACUUCCAGAAUGUGCUUCUUGGCAAGUUGGAGUCUGGAGCGCAUGUCCAGUGACUUGUGGGCAUGGAUACCAAAUGCGAGCGGUGAGGUGUGUGUCUGGUGCUUAUGGCAAGACCGUAGAUGACCGGGAGUGUAACGCUGCUUCAAGACCGCAGGACAGUCAGGAGUGUGAGUUGCCAGCCUGUCCUCAAGGAUCAUCAGUACUCAGCACCCCACGACCUGCAGCAGCUGGACAGCUACUCACCCAGUGGAGAUAUGGGUCCUGGACUACAUGCUCGGUCUCUUGUGGUAAGGGUGAGAGAGCACGUUAUGUCAGCUGCAGAGAUGCUCAGGGAGGAGUAGCUGAUGAAUCUUACUGCGCCCAUCUACCUCGUCCCCCAGAAACCUUAGUGUGCUUCAGCCCUUGUGGCCACUGGAGAGAGGGAGAGUGGUCACCUUGCUCCGUGUCAUGUGGAGUGGGUCGCUCUACGCGACAAGUGGUGUGUGUGAACUACAACCAGCAAGUGGAUGAGUCCUUCUGCCACCCGGAUGAGAAGCCUAGCAUGGAGCAAGAGUGUGCCGCAGUGCCUUGCCACUCAGUUUACCACCUGUGGCCCAACAACCAGCCCUACUUCCCCUAUGACCCUGGAAGCCAUCCUGGCCACAGCAGCUGGAAUGUCCCCUCUGCUGACAACCAGUGGAGGACUGGGCCCUGGGGAUCAUGCUCCAGUACAUGUGAGGGUGGCUUCCAGAGGAGAGUGGUGGUGUGUCAGGACUCAGAGGGCCGUAGCACCAAUUACUGUGAUGAGAGAGUCAAACCCAGUGAGUCAAAAAGCUGUGACUCGGGACCCUGUCCGCUUUGGAACUACGGCAUCUGGGGAGAGUGCACUCAGUCAUGUGGUGGUGGACAGCGGACACGGCUGGUAGUGUGCCAGCGACCAAACGGUCAGAGACUGAAUGAACACAACUGUGACAUGCUGGACAAACCUCCUGAUGUAGAGCAGUGCAACAUGCAACCCUGUCCUGGCAGUGCUUCCUGGCACAGGCAACCAUGGAAGCCGUGCUCUGUGACCUGUGGCAAGGGGACCAAGCAGAGAGAACUUGUGUGUGUUUACCACAACCAGACCCAGACGAAGGAAGAGCACUGUGCUCAUCUUACCCGUCCCAGGACGCACAAGCUUUGCAGGAUGGGACCGUGCCCCAGCUGGAAGACCAACAAGUGGAGAGCGUGCUCAGUCAGUUGUGGGGUUGGUGUGCAGACACGCGAGGUGUACUGCAGGUUGAAAGGCAAAGGUCAUGUGGGAGAAGAGAAGUGUGAUUCCCGUAUACGUCCUAGCACCAUGCAGCCCUGUCUGGUCCCAGACUGCCAUCGCUUUACCUGGUCAGCCAGUGAGUGGACAGAGUGUAAUGCUACGUGUGGAAAAGGUAUAAGGCAUAGAACAGUGCUCUGUAUGGAUAAGGAGAUGACCCCAGUUUUGGACAGCCUGUGCACCCCUUCAUCCAGACCUGCCUUGCAUCAGCCUUGCCUGAGCACCCCUUGUCAGUACGUCUGGGUAACUGCAGCAUGGACACAGUGUUCUGUGAGUUGUGGAGUAGGCUACCAGCAAAGGAUGGUGUCAUGCGCUGCAUUGCCCUCUACACCGGAUCUGCAGGUGUUUGAUGCCCAGUCUUACACGCAGGCCUCACCCACUGAGUGCCCAGAGCCUCCACCACCCCAAACUAAACCAUGCCAACUCCCAGAGUGCCCACUACCUGGAUACUGGAAAGCUGGGCCAUGGAGCAAAUGUUCUCAGACAUGUGGUGCUGGGGUGAUGGAGAGGAUGGUACAAUGUGUCACUGCUAAACAUUUGCCUUCUGAAAACUGCCCUCUCUCCAGCAAGCCUGAGUCCCGGGCAGCCUGCAGACAAAGGCAAUGUGAAUUGUUCUCCACGUGCAGGGAGUUGCAGAUGAGAGAAGGCAUUAGAAAAGAUGGAGAACAUUACCUCAGAGUUAAAUCAAGAAUUAUCCAGAUUUACUGUGCAGAAAUGCAGACCAACUUUCCAAAGGAGUAUGUAACUCUACGCAGUGGCCAAACUGACAACUACUCAGAGGUGUAUGGAUACAGGUUAAACAACCCCUUUGAGUGUCCAUUUAAUGGCAGCAGGCGCCAGGACUGUGCUUGCAGGAAUGACUACCCUGCAGUGGGCUACACAGUCUUUCACAGAGUGAGACUGGACCUCAGCACCAUGAGAAUAAUCACCACAGAUGUGCAGUUCUCUCGGACCCUUCUUGGCCAUCCUGUUCCCUUCGCCACUGCUGGAGACUGUUACAGUGCUGCCAGAUGCCCUCAGGGUCAGUUCAGCAUCAAUCUCACUGGAACGGGACUGAAAGUUGCUGAGUCGACUAAAUGGGUCUCUCAUGGCAACUAUGUCGCUGUCAAAGUCCAUCGAUCAGAGGAUGGAACAAGAAUCUAUGGGCGCUGUGGAGGAUUCUGUGGAAAGUGUCUGCCUCAUCCUCAUGCUGGACUCCUUGUUCAAGUCCAGUGAAAAAGGUUCAAAUCGAGUGAAGCAGAGUCUGUAAGGUGUCUAUCCCUCUAAAAAACUGAUCGAUGUAAAAUAUAGACCAAGGCCACUAGUGUCUGAUAUGGCCAUCCAUAUAAAGAGUGCUGAGGCCUGGAUUUUAGCAGUGAAUGUCGUGCCCACUGUGCAUCCUCCUCCGUCCAUCUUUGGCAGCUCCGGUAAAUGAUCAGGAAAAAACGAGCCACAGUUCAAGUUUCCCUCCAAUAAACACCAGCUCACUGGAUCCAGGCAAACCCUCACCUCAGUCUUCAAGCGCUAAUGACUACCAAAUGUGUGUGUACUGAGUCAGAAACUGGAGAUACAGACUCUUAGUUCCACAGAGAUAAUGUCUGGGUCUUUCGUCCUGUUAUAGCAGAGGUGCAUCCCAUACCACACAAGUAUUCAGAUUGUUUUUGCCCAGGGAAAACAUAGCAUAAAUGUAGUCAAGUCAGCUUCCAAAUGAACUGAUUGAAGUAUCUAUUUAAGACAAGGGAAAGCUCUCAGAAGCUUUCAGAAAAGGAAGUGUUUGUCAUUUUAUUAAGUCUGGACGUUAUUUUCUUUUGCUGAUCAUAUUAGUGUGAUAUAAAGGACUGACUGUUUUUUAUUAUUAUAAAUGUUCUCGCUGAAGUUAGCAAUCUUUAGGACAAUAACAGUAUAUCCUUCAAAAGGGAUUAUUUGAUGACCGUGGAAAUGUUUUGUUCUAUGGCUUAGCCAGAAGUAAAAAAAAGAGGUAGCUACUGAAAGACCCUCCCCUCUCUAGAUGAAUAUCACUGUGAGAGGGGUGUGAGGUUAGAUAUAAUCUAAUAGCUUUGUUUCAUUAAACAUGUUCUCAAUGAGGAAGGGGAAAGAACCUGACGACAGCAAAUAGCUUGAUGUGCAAAUGUACAUAACAGAAACUGUUUGUAUUGCUUGUGAAUGUCUGUGACUUGCAAAUCAUUCUCUCACUCAUUUGGGCCCACUUUCCUAAAAGUAUCAUUGUGUUGAGAUCACCUUAACUACCUAGCAUGUCUAUUACAAGUAAUAACAGUGCUUCUGGGACAUUCUGAGCAGAGCACUGCAAGUCACUGUGAAGAAAAACCUACUGAGGAGUAAAAGUCACUGUAAAUCAAAUCUAUCACUGUAAUGCCUAUAAUAGAAAAGUGAAUGAUUAUCAGCCAAGCGAAAUCAGCGAAGAAGACAAGACCACAAUUAUGGUCAUACUGUUCAUACAGAUCAUUUUUUUCUGAUGAAUACUUGCCACCCCAGUGAUGUGUUAGUGUGAAAACACUUAUACAAUCAAAAUGUAAUUUUUUCAAUUAGUCAAGUAGUUAAGUUAGCCCGGUCAUGUGUAUUCUAGAUCCAGAUUGGUUCCUUAACUUGUAAUAUAAUAACAGUCUGACCCUACCUCUUACAAACAUGGCUAUUCAUAAUAUGUAUUUUAUUAUAUUUUAAACUAUUUA